UUUUGAAUCUGAAAUUUCUGGAUUGAAUUGCUUACUCUUCGUAUACCUGUCAACUUACUGUAUAUCUUUGCUUUCGUUCGAAGGCCAGAUAGACACGGUUUCAUUCCAGGCCAGGUAAAAGUACAGAUAAGAUCAUGGCAAGUGUAGAUGCUUUGAUUUCUCCACUGGUGCAGCAACUGUUGACAGUCGCUACCAACCAUGCUCAAUAUGUAUUUGAGUUUAGCCAUCAGUUCAAGGUCAUGAAGGCCAGGCUUCAACAUAUUAAGGACUUACUUGGAGACAGUGAUAACCGCAAUAAGGAAAUCGUGCAGACAACCUUGGCUACAUUCAGAGAUUUUAUGUUUGAAGCAGAUGAUAUUUUGACUGAUUGCCUAAUCAGAGAAGAAUACCGCAAGAAUCAUAUCUUCUUUCGUUGUCAAACAGGCAUUAAACUGAAGGAUAUUAAUAGCAGGAUGAAGGAGAUGGAGGAUAUUUUGGGUGUUCAUUUGAAAAAACCUAGAGAUGGAAGGAGCAGCCAUGAGGAUGACACAGAGCAGUUCACAAGAAUUACAUCGCAGGAUUAUUACGAAGGUGAUAUAGUUGAAGUUGAAAAUGAUGUGAAAAAGAUAGAAAAGUGGAUUCUUCGAGAAGACUACAAGCUUCUAAAGAUUGGCAUUGUGGGGAUGGGGGGUUUGGGAAAAACCACCAUCUCCAAGAAAAUUUUUAAUGAUACUGUUGUACGCGAUCAUUUUAAUCAGAAGAUAUGGGUGUCAGUGUCUUCAAGUUUUAGAAUGGAGGUGAUCUUGAGAAGCAUCUUGGAACAAUCAGGAGAAAAAUCUGUAGAACAAUCACAGGAAGGUGGCCAAUCAGGACAAAUAUCAGCAGUGGCUGAUCCGAGUCAAUUGUUACAUAAAGUUAUUUCUCUGUUAAAAGAAAAAACUUGUCUCAUUAUUUUCGAUGAUAUUUGGGGGGAGAAGGGGGGUCUUGAUUUGUGGAAGAAAUUUUUUUCGUCCGAUCUUCCAGAGUCAGAUUGUAAAAGAAGUUGCUUUAUUAUCACCACAAGAAACAAAGAUGUUACAUCUGCUAUCACAGCCGAUGAAAUUCAUCAGCCAAGUUUUCUUGAUGAUGAAAAAAGUUGGUUAUUGUUCUCUAAGCAUGCAUUUCGCAAGAUUCAGGAGCAAAGCCUUCGUGAAAAAUUUGAAGAAGUGGGCAAGUUAAUUGUGCCCAAAUGUGGGGGGCUUCCACUGGCGAUCAAGACAAUAGGAGGUUUGCUGGGAUCCAAAACUCAUUCUCUUAAUGAGUGGAGGAAAAUUUCUGAGCAAUGUUCUGUGCUCAACAUCACAGAGGAAAAUUCAGAUGUAAUGAAAUCUCUCAAACUGAGCUACGAUGCACUUCCGCCUGACCUAAAACAAUGUCUACUGUGUUUUUCCAUUUAUCCUGAAGACUUUGAUAUACAAGCCGAAAAGUUAAUCCAUUGGUGGAUCGGAGAGGGUCUCAUCCAAGGAAAAGACUCAAACACAGCAAUCGAAAUAGGCUUCAAACAACUAAGUAAGCUGGUCAGUAGAUGCCUGGUUGAAGUUGUGGAUACGAGAGGUUAUGAUGGAAGAGUCUACAGUUGCAAAAUGCAUGAUCUGGUGCGAGAUUUGACCCUUGAGAUGGCAAAAGAUGAGAAAUUUUGCAGCUUUGAUCAUGAACAUAAGCAAGAAUUGACCCAAUGUUCUCGAUGGUUGGGUUUCACAAGUGAAAUGGAUGCACAAUCCUUGAGCAAAACUCCAAAGCUCAGAGCUUUGCUGCGGACAACUAACAAUCUAACUCAACCCCAUAAGAAUUUGGGUUCACUCUGUUCACUAAGGGCACUUGACUUGUCUAAUAAUAAGCUAGACAAGGUUGCUUUUAAGAAUCUCCUGAGUUCGAUUAGUUCCCUGGAACGCCUUUCUUAUCUAAAUCUGAGUGGAUCCAAGGGCCUAGAAGAAGUUCCUGAUUCUAUUAAAAAACUCCGAAACCUCCAGAUCUUGGUUUUAAGUGGAUGCACCAAGCUAUCCAAGCUAAGCUCUUCAAUCACUUCUCUGAAGAGGUUGAUUAUCUUGGACCUAAGCUCUUGUGACAAGCUUCCAUACCUGCCUCGUGGACUAGGGAGUCUCUCCCAGCUUCAAGAAUUAUCAGGAUUAAGACUAGCUAGUCAGAGUAACAGAAAAAGCUGUCAACUUCCGGAACUUGGAAAACUAGGCGAGUUAAGAAUCCUGCGAAUGCAUUUAAGUAAAGAUAGUGACAUAACAAGUUCGGAUGUCCUAUCUAAGGUCGAGAAACUCAAGGUUCUAGCCAUUGAUUUAUGCACUGAAAGUUUAGACGGAAAAAGUAUGCAAGAGAUGCUAGAUAAGCUUCCACCUCCACAAGGACUUGAGGAGCUGUAUCUCAGGCUUUACCGUCAUGAUACUUUGCCGAAGUGGGUUAAUCCUCAGUUUCUUCCCAAAUUGGUAUAUCUUUGUAUUGAGGAUGGAAAUCUGUUGGAUAUCUGCGCAGGUGAAACCACUUGGAACCUUGAGGGUUUGCGUUUGAAUCUGUUGCCAUAUUUGAAGAAGGACUGGAACAUAUUGAGGAAGGAGAUGCCUUGCUUGCGCUAUGCAGAGGUUAGUGAUUGUAAUCAAAUAGACAAUUUCCAGAGAGCUGAUCAUCAGGAAUACAAGCCGAGGAUCUGGAGGGCAUAAUCAACACUCAUUAAUCAUCCAUGGAUUUGGUGCCGUUGCAUGAAAUGAAGUAACUGAAUGCUUAUGGAUUGUGAUGUUGUUACGUUUGCUUUAGAAGUGUUCAGAAUUCAGUUACAUGUGUAAUAUAUGGAUGUGAUUUUGUGCGUUGGAAUUGGAGGCACGGUAUGCAAAUUAAGUAUCUUAAUAACUUGUUGAAAUCCAAUGGAAUGUGCUGCUUUUUUCA